AUGAAGGAGGCUCCAAAGGGAUUAGCUCUAAAUGCAACAAGUUUAUCGAGAUAUGUGUCAUAAUUCUUAAGCACUUCCAAAGGUAGAGAUAAAUUUAUGGCACUAUUAUAAUAUUCAUUUGAUUUUUAUCAUAGUUGUACAAAACAUUCAAAUUUACUCUAUGUAUAAUAAUUGGUUUCAUAAAAUGAUUUAAAAUGUUAUGUUGUUGCUGAAAAAUUUAAGGAUGUAAUAAGUAUCACAUUAUUUUAGAGUAUUUCCUAAAGUCGCAAGAUAUUUAGACUUUUAUUUUUCUUAGAUGAAAUUAAAGGGAUAUAAAGGUUGAUUAAACAAAACAAGCCAUUAUUAUUCAAAAUAUUAGCUAUUUCAGGACAUUAUUCAAGUUUCAUGUACUAUGUAAGUGACAACUUUUUGUGGAUAAUUGCAAUUUUGGCAUAAAGCAAAGUCUUAUAAAAAGAGAUUGAAGCAAGAUGGAAACAAAGGAAAAAUUCUUUUUCUCAAAUGAGAAUUAUGAUCAACUUGUUGAGAUUAACAAUAUUAAUAAUAUUUAGAGAAAACAAAGAGAACAGGAUUUUGUUAGAGAUGACAAAAAUAAUGACUUAAGAUACUUCAAAAAAGUUAUAAAAUUCUCUGAUUAAAUUGAGAAGAAAGAGAAGAUUUGAAAUUCUGGAGUUAAUUUUAUCAAUCCUAAGAUUCUUCAUGUUGACUAAAUCUCUAAGGAUGACAGGAUAUUAAUAUCUGGAUCCUGUGUUUGUGGCCUGUAUCAUUAUUAGCAAUAUUAAAAUAGCAUGUGGAUUAGUAUCUUCAGGAUUGGCUCUAUUUAAAGCUAUUUAUGAGAAAAGGAUUUUUAUUUAACUUGAUAAUUCUUCAAAGAUAGAGAGUUAAAUAAAUUCGAAGUUAACGAAAGGAUUUGCAUCUUCUGGCAAAAUGGAUGAUUCGAUUAUGUGA